AUGGGAGAAGUGGAGAAGAUUUCAGACGGGACGACUCAGGAAACGGCCGACGAUCAAGAUGCUCCCACAGCCUGUGGAUCGGGGGCAGUUACAGUAGAGAGAGUUGAUAUAGAUGGAUACGUCAUCAACCAUAGGGAACCAACACCCAUCAUUUGGACGCCGUUCAACAGUAAAUCAUGGCGGACUCGGUUAAAACGGGUAAAGGAUACUAUGCAAAGAAACAGCUCUGCUACAAUUGACGAGCCAUCAAGCUCAGGAGUUUCAAGAAGGUACGCGUACGCGUAUCCAUGUCAUUUUCGUUUUCCUAGUCCGGAAGUUAUCCCAAAGAUUGAGCCCCAGGAUCUUUUGGAGAUCGCUGGAAGUACAGCUCAGGCGUUCAAAGACGUCAAUGCUGCAAUAAAGAAGCAUGAAGAAGCAAAGAGUGCUUCCAGAAAAAGUAGGAAGUCUUCGUUGGCAGUCGAAACGCCGGCUCCCGUCGCAAAGCAUUCCUCCAAGAAAAGAAGCAGGGAGUGCGAGGAGAAAUCUCAGUCAAAAGAAAGUUCGCAGAAAAAUAGCCAAGAGCCGCCUAAAUCAAGAAAGGGGCCUACGAAGGAAAGGGAAAAGACGAAGUCUCCAGACAAAAAGGAAAUUAGUGGAGGAAGAUCCAGCUCGAGGAACAGUGCAAAACGAAGCGUUUCACCAUCGUCAGAGCGGUCGUUUACUGCUCAAGAUGCUGAACGAGAUGCUUCUAAGAGUCGUAAGAAAAAGUCAUCGUCGGUGAAUAUAAAGGGAUGGACCGACGAAGAAAUUUCCAAACAUUUUGAUUUGAGAGAGUUCAUUAUUGAUAUAUCAGAUUUUCCACAUAAUGAGCUCCAACCAUCGACGAGUUUUCAAGAUCAAUCUCCAAAAAAAGACACGAAUGAGUCGCUGAAGGAAGAAAUGUCGGCGAAACCAACAGAAGAGAAAGGAAAUCUAAAUGAGGAAAUUGACGAGAAUGAGAGUAGGAAACGAAAACGAUCCAAUUCAUCAUCUUCAUCGUGCUCAUGUGCAUCAUCUGCGGGAGCUGCAAAGAACAAGAACUCGUCUGACGAUUCUGGUGAUGAGCGCAAUUUACAAUCAAAGAGUAUUCUUAAGAAAAAGGCACAUGGCGAAAGGCCAUGUGUUGAGUGUGGAAGGUGGUUGGACGAUUGUAUUUUGGACUGGAAGGAUACGCUAGGACCGGCAUCGGUUUGGUGUUCUCGCGACUGCAUUGAGCGGAGAGUGGCAAAAGCUCAUGAGGUCCUACCAGAGGGCUAUGGGGCGUUAACAUUGCUACGUGGAGAUGGUCAGCUGCUAACAACUGGACCAACCUUAAUUAACCUAGCAGAGUUCAUUUUCAAGUAUCCCGAAUACGAGCCAGUGUUACCUGUGGCAAAGAAAAAGCUCACGAAGAAUGAGCAAAACGCUGAUGUGAAAAAAACGCCUAAAGUUUUAUCUAAAGAUUCUGAUCGGAUUCGUUUCAAUGUGAAAAGAGCGUUUUCCGACGCACUAAUGAAAAGGGCUAAAAUUGAUAAAGUGAAAUCCGCAAUCAAGCUGUGCAAAGACGUAGCGGAGAAUGUUGAAGCUGCUCUGUUCAAGUCUUGCCAAUCUAACCUGAAUUCACCCCGUUACAAAACUUGGACGAAGACUUUCAUAGACAAUGUGGCAGACUGCCGUAAUAAGAGCUUUUACUACCGAGUUCUAACGGGAAAUAUCUCUGUACAAAAGCUGGUCACGUUGGAGGGUGUAGACAUGCGGAAACCGGAAUAUUCAACUCCGCUUGAUGACGUGGGUGGCGAAGACGCAAAGGAAAUAGAAAACGAUGAUGCUGAUCAGCCUUCAACAUCUGAGUCGAAAGCUGAUGCUGUAAAAUCAGGUGAAUCGGAGGAUCCAACCGAAAACUCGAAGAAAAACGACGAGAGCGCUGCUGGUUCUACUGCUCCUGCUUCUGAGACGAACAUUGAAACCCGCAGUGCGUCUAGAAAAAGUAUGACUGCCACCAAAUCAUCGAAGAAAGCAGAUGUCAAAUCAGUAAAACGUCCGUCGCGGAAAUCUGAGCAGCCAAAGACUGCUUCUGCUUCGGCGAGUGUGUCGACGUUGGAUUCGUUACUCGGUGAUGGCGCAAAAGACACAACAGAACAACAUUUGAGCCAUUUUUAUGACGUCAACUGCAGCAUCUGUUUGGCGAAGCAAAAGUCACAGGCUGAACUAGAACGUAAGGAGCGAGAGGAGAAAGAGAGACAGCGAUUGGAAGAGAAGAGGUUUAGAGAGAUGCUUCCUGUGGAAAAGUGCCUUGCAUUCACAAGACAUGAACCGCUUACGCUUCUUGAUUCCGAUUAUAGAGUAGCAAUAAAGAAGCCAGCAUAUGAAGAGGCCAAACGGAUACUUAGCCCGGAAAGUACAGGUGCAGCGUGUGCAUCUGAUGAAGAAUACACUGGUUCCUAUGGUGGUGGUGCCAUUGAAGAUUCACCAAUUUUUCAAGAUACAUCCGAUGUACUCGAUGUGAAGCAUGAUCCAACGAGCUGGCGAAACUUCUCGCGGGAGUCGGCAUGGGCUAGCUCUACUAGCGUGUGGAAUGGACAAAUAUGUAUGAACAACGCAGUGAUGACCACUUCGUUUUGCUUGAUUUCGAAUCCCAUAGCCUACAGAGUGGCUUCAAGGCUCCCCCCUCUGCUUCGCAUCAGAGGACGGAUCGUACCUGUCAUCGUUUUUGAUUACGUCCAUGAAACUGUAAAAAAUGGUAUUCAUCAUGUGACGGUCUUGCGAUUGACUAGGCCAGCCGAUUUGGAGGGUGAACAGCGAUAUAUCUCAAUUUAUGAAGAUAUGGUGCGGAAAGGGCGGUAUUUUGCUGUCGACGUACCUCCAGACUCCUGUUUUAAGGACAUUUACCUUUUACCGUUAGCAGCUGGAGAAGAACCGCCAGCUUUUCUAUUACCGUUUGACGGACCGGGAAUACCAUUGCGACAUCCUUCGAUGAUAAUCUGUGUGAUUGUGAUUUACGGAGAAGGGCAACUCCAAGAUCUAGAACUUGGGUAUGGUUGGAAUCUUUUCAAAAGUUUUUCUCCAUGUUUUUAUUUGAGCCGAUGGCAGAUCUUUUAG